CUGUUAAUUACAUUACCAACCAUAACAUCCAGUUUUACUAUCGAGAUGUCUAGUCUGACUCUGCUUGCCGUGUUGCUUGGCAGCGGCAUCUACGCUUCAGCCUUACCUCAACCCGACGCACCGGGGUCGGAGACGGAGACGACUGCUGCUACUACUGCUGCAGCCAGCCUCGCCCAGGAAUGCACCACCAUCUCUCCAGCAGCUGGGGGUAAUGGUAAUUGGGCAUUAUACUUCUCGGGAAUCGGCUUAGAGAGAGAAGAUGGCCACGGGUUGUACAGCAAUGCUGGCAACAAAGAGCCCGAAGCGUGGGGCGAAGCAAUUCGCACUUUCGUUCGAUGUGGAAUAUGGGCAAUCACUUGGGCCAUGGCGUUGUCAGGUCUUCGAUUUAGACGAUGCGAGUCCGGAAUUGUUUGAGACUGUCUACGACGACAGCGUUGCCUACCAUAACAUCCACUUCCAAUUACUGUUCAGUGUCGAGAUUUACCACAGCACGUCUCUGACUCUACUUGCCAUUGGAGGUACCCUCCAGGGACUACUUCACAGCACUUACGCUACUAGCUUACCCGUAAGUGAGACACGCUUUGAAUAUCCGCUCCUUGUCACAGCUGCCGAAGACUGCUCCACCAUCUGGCGCGGUACCUACGGGUAUUUCCACCUGUACGUCACGGAGGAAGCCACAAUCAGAAACGAUACGCAUCACACCCUGAAGUACACCUUAUCGUAUCCGCGUGCGUUGGUCAGAGAGGUUUGCGGGCUCGAGGCGCGAAUGGGGUGCGCGGAGGAGGCUGUUAAACUCGGCGCGAAGCAAUUCUCGGUUCAAGAGGGACCGAUUAAUCACUCCACGGCUACCGCCGAAUGGACCUGUCGGAUUUACACCAAAGAUGAUCCCAAUCCGGAGUUGUUCAGUACUUACGACUGGGACGCCAAAUACGUCUGGGCUUGGACGCUCAAGGACCACGAAUAG